UAUUUUUGUCAUGGCCUCUGUUACACAGAAUGAAGAACUGCCUUUUCACCCAAAGAGUCGCAAUGCAAUUAUUUUAUGUAUGGCCGACGACGAGUUUACAGAAAGAUUUGUGGAUAAAAAAUUAGGAUUCCGGUCACACAAAACCCAUACACCAACAUGCCAGAUGAAAUUAUCGCGUGUGGAACACAGAAUCUGGACAUUCCAUGAAGAGUUGUAUGCCAGUUCUGUUAGCAAAAAUUGUUGUUUUAGGUAUGAACCAUGUACGAGGUAUAUUAAUGAGAAGGAAUUUGGUGCAAAAAUUGUAUCGAAUGUCCUCAUAAAAAAAAAUAAAAUUAUUCCUGGUUUAGGAGGACAAUCAUUUUUUAUUCAUGAAAAUGAUCUUAAAGAUGGUGUUAACGAUUUUUCAGUCUUUACCCGCAGCCGUUCCCUAAAACAGUAUGUUUACCUAGACCCAGCUGCUUAUAUAAACCACGACUGCGAGUCGAACGCAGUAUUUUCAUCAAUUGGCGAACCGUCUUACGUGCAAAUAAAGUCAGUGAAAGAGAUUCUCCCAGGAGAGGAGAUUACUGUGUUCUACGGUCAUGAUUAUUUUGGCGAAAAUAAUGCUAAGUGUGAGUGCAUGACGUGUGAAAACAAUAGGAAGGGCUUUUUCUCAAAAAAAGUAGAGAGUAUGGCAGUAGACAACCCACCCGGGUCCACAGUUAACGACCCGCCAGAGACCGUCAAUGUUCCUGCAUCUACUGAAACCGAAGUAGAGAGUAUGGCAGUAGACAACCCACCCGGGUCCACAGUUAACGACCCGCCAGAGACCGUCAAUGUUCCUGCAUCUACUGAAACCGAAGAAGAGUCUGAGACAGAUAAUGACAGUUCUACAGAUACAGACGUUUCUUCAUCUGACGAAAAUGAAGUACACAAAAAAACUGACGAUGAAAGUUCCAUAAACUCAACAGGAAGUAGUGACGUAGACUCUCCUUAUAAAUACCAUUGUUCCAACUGUGUUUUAUCCUUCAAAUAUAAUUGUUGGUAUAAAAGACAUAUGGCAACCCAUAACCCUGGGACUUUUACAUGUCAAUAUUGCCCUAAAGUUUUUAAAAGAAAAGACACUAUGCGAGAGCAUCAACAACUUCAUUUCGGUGAGCCGAAACAUAAGUGUAAGCAUUGCGACAAAGAAUUUGGCGACUGCCUGUCGCGUUCCGCCGACUCCUUGGCCGUCAUCACAGCCCUCGCAAACGUAGUCACCGCUUCCCAGUUGGCCGGACUCUCCAACAUCUUGGGGACAAGUCCGCCCGGAUCAAAGGGACCAAUCGAGUCGACGAGCCGCUCCCGUUCGCCCCUGAAAGCUUCGCAGUUGAACAGGGUAUGGCGAGCGUCGUCGAUUGCCUCUGCGUAG